AGAUAAAAACAAUAUUUAUGUCUAUUAGUUUGAUGCCCGACAAUUUUUUCCUAAAAAAAAAACAACAGCAACAACGUGCCCAAUAUAUUUUCACUAAAGUGUGCGCACUUUAUAUCAUUACCUCAAAUAUAAGAUAAAUAAGUUAUUUUCAAUAGACUCUCAACUCAAAAUAAAAUCAUUUACACAAAGAAUAAUAAAAAUAAUAACAAAAGAUACAACAUCCUAAAUUCAUACUAACCUUCAACCCUUAUUCACCUUCUCCAUAAUUUUCUAUUUAGAAUCUCCAUGUAGUAUCUAAUCAUCUCCCUCUAAUCUCUCACACCUCCACACCCUCCUCAUCACGUGAUCGCCGUUUCAAUCUCGCUUUUCUCAUCUUGGCUUCCACCAAACCUGCUCCCACCUUAUCUAGAAUAACGAGCUGAGAUCGGCCAUCAGAGACGUCGACGACGAGAGUGGGACCCAACUAUCCGUAUUCGACUUAGGCAAUAAGAUUAGUAUCCAAAUCAAACGGUGUAGAUUUGCUUAGGCGAAUUUGACGAAGAACGUAGAAGAAGAGAGAUAUUUUUAGUGUGUAUGCCGGUGCACGAAUAGUCAAUGGAGUAGCGUAUACAAAGGAAACACUUGUUAUAUACUCUAUAAAUAUUUGUACCUCCACAGUUAUAUCUAUUAGCCUAUCACACGGCCGGUCUCUCUAUUUCUUUUCCGUUUCCUUUUCCUUUCUCUCUCUUUUCAAUCUUUUUCAGAAUCUUUAUUGUUAUUCAGGUGUGUUUGAGUUUCAGAAUCGAACUAUUAAAGGUGGGUCUUUUGCUUCUGGUAAAGAUUCAAGCAUCAGUUGCUCGAUAGGGCGGUCCAUCAUGGCUAGAGCUUUAGUUCAGUCAACAAACAUUCCAUCUUCAGUUGCCGGUGGAAGGGCUGGACAAUUCAAUGGAUCCGGGAAAAAUCAAAGAACUGUUAGAAUGCUAUGUAAUGUUAAAUUAUCUUCCUCAAGACUGAACAGUUUUGCAGGACUGAGAGGGUACAAUGCAAUAGAUACACUGCUUGUAAAAUCUGGACAAACUCUCCAUUCAAAAGUGGCAGCUGCAACUUCUGUCAGGCGACCACGAGGCUGCCGAUCUGUCCCAAAAGCAAUGUUUGAGCGCUUCACCGAGAAAGCAAUAAAAGUCAUUAUGCUUGCACAAGAAGAGGCCAGACGACUAGGUCACAACUUUGUUGGCACAGAGCAGAUUUUGUUGGGUCUUAUUGGUGAAGGAACUGGUAUUGCUGCUAAGGUUCUUAAAUCCAUGGGAAUCAACUUGAAAGAUGCUCGUGUGGAGGUAGAGAAGAUAAUUGGAAGGGGUAGUGGGUUUGUCGCUGUCGAGAUUCCUUUUACUCCUCGUGCAAAGCGUGUUCUAGAACUCUCUUUAGAGGAAGCCCGCCAACUAGGGCAUAAUUACAUUGGCUCGGAACACUUGCUACUUGGAUUGCUGCGCGAAGGUGAAGGUGUGGCUGCCCGCGUUCUUGAAAACUUGGGUGCUGACCCCAGUAAUAUUCGCACACAGGUCAUACGGAUGGUUGGCGAGAGUAAUGAAGCUGUUGGUGCUAGUGUUGGAGGUGGAACGUCUGGUCAGAAGAUGCCUACAUUGGAGGAGUAUGGUACCAAUUUGACGAAGUUGGCUGAAGAGGGCAAACUAGAUCCUGUAGUUGGAAGACAGGAUCAAAUCGAGCGUGUCACUCAAAUCUUGGGCCGCCGCACAAAAAACAACCCUUGUCUUAUUGGAGAACCAGGUGUUGGAAAAACUGCUAUUGCUGAAGGGCUAGCUCAAAGAAUUGCUAAUGGUGAUGUCCCUGAAACAAUCGAGGGAAAGAAGGUCAUAACACUUGAUAUGGGAUUGCUUGUUGCUGGGACAAAAUACCGUGGAGAGUUUGAGGAGAGACUGAAGAAACUAAUGGAGGAAAUAAAACAAAGUGAUGAAAUAAUAUUGUUUAUUGAUGAAGUGCACACAUUGAUUGGAGCUGGAGCUGCAGAGGGAGCAAUUGAUGCUGCAAACAUCUUAAAACCUGCCCUGGCUAGAGGCGAGCUGCAGUGUAUUGGAGCCACAACCCUGGAUGAGUACAGAAAGCACAUUGAGAAAGACCCUGCACUGGAGAGGAGGUUCCAGCCAGUUAAAGUCCCUGAACCUACUGUAGAUGAAACCAUACAGAUCCUGAAAGGGCUUCGGGAGAGGUAUGAGAUUCAUCACAAGCUCCGCUACACUGAUGAGGCAGUAGUUGCUGCUGCCCAGCUUUCUCACCAGUACAUCAGUGACCGUUUUCUCCCAGAUAAGGCAAUUGACUUGAUUGAUGAAGCUGGUUCCCGUGUUCGACUUCAGCAUGCACAGCUUCCUGAGGAAGCAAGAGAGCUGGAGAAAGAGCUUCGCCAGAUUACAAAGGAGAAAAAUGAAGCUGUCCGCGGGCAAGAUUUUGAAAAGGCUGGGGAGUUGCGUGAUAGAGAAAUGGAUCUUAAGGCACAGAUCUCAACCUUGAUAGACAAAAACAAAGAGAUGAGCAAGGCUGAAGCUGAGGCAGGAGAUGCAGGUCCCGUAGUGACAGAGGCAGAUAUUCAGCACAUUGUCUCUUCCUGGACUGGCAUUCCUGUAGAAAAGGUCUCAACUGAUGAAUCUGAUCGCCUCCUAAAAAUGGAAGAAACUCUCCAUACCCGAGUCAUUGGCCAGGAUGAAGCUGUAAAAGCCAUUAGUCGCGCUAUCAGACGUGCUCGUGUUGGACUCAAGAAUCCCAACCGACCUAUUGCCAGUUUCAUCUUUUCUGGUCCAACUGGUGUUGGGAAGUCGGAACUGGCAAAGUCUUUAGCAGCAUACUACUUUGGUUCUGAAGAAGCAAUGAUUCGGCUUGAUAUGAGUGAGUUUAUGGAGAGACACACUGUCUCUAAACUCAUCGGUUCACCCCCUGGGUAUGUUGGUUACACUGAAGGUGGUCAAUUAACUGAAGCUGUGAGGCGUCGACCUUACACUGUUGUGCUCUUUGAUGAGAUUGAGAAGGCUCAUCCUGAUGUCUUUAACAUGAUGCUUCAAAUUCUUGAAGAUGGAAGAUUGACAGACAGCAAGGGCAGAACUGUUGACUUCAAGAAUACACUCCUCAUCAUGACAUCAAAUGUGGGAAGCAGUGUGAUAGAGAAAGGAGGCCGUCGUAUAGGUUUUGAUUUAGAUUAUGACGAGAAGGAUAGUAGUUACAACCGUAUCAAGAGCUUGGUGACUGAGGAGUUGAAACAGUACUUCAGACCAGAGUUCUUAAACAGAUUAGAUGAGAUGAUUGUAUUCCGGCAGCUCACUAAGUUGGAGGUGAAGGAGAUAGCUGAUAUCAUGCUUAAGGAGGUCUUUGUGAGGUUGAAGAACAAGGAGAUAGAACUUCAAGUGACAGAGAGGUUUAGAGACAGGGUGGUUGAGGAAGGAUACAACCCAAGCUAUGGAGCUAGGCCAUUGAGGAGAGCUAUUAUGAGACUGCUAGAGGAUAGCAUGGCUGAGAAGAUGCUUGCCGGUGAGAUCAAAGAAGGUGAUUCUGUAAUUGUGGAUGUGGAUUCAGAUGGCAAUGUGACAGUCCUUAAUGGCAGUACCAGUGCUCCCUCAGAUCCAGCUCCUGAGCCUAUCCCUGUGUAGAUCAAUUAUUCAUUUAGCUCUGCAUUUUUUUUGUUUGUAAUGUUGCUUUCGGUUGUCUUGGCCACUUAAGCUCUGCUGUGCUUUUGAAGCAGCUUGUUGUGAGUAAUUUUUUGGGGUGUCGGUGAUGAUAUUAUGCCAAGUUGAGAAUAGCAGCACCCUUUCUAUGCAGAGCAUCCAGGAUUACACAUUAUGUACUUUAACUGGAUUUCAUUAGAAAUUGUAGUGACAAAACUAUGUAGAAACAUUUGUUCUAAUUUAUGGUAGGUGAUAGUUGACUUUGUCUAUCA